CUCCCGGAAGUCGCGCCGUCUAGCAGCUCGCUCUCUUUGCGCCGCCAUCUUGGGCCCCGCUCCCCGCACAAAAUGCCUGGUGAAGCUACAGAAACCAUCCCCGCCACAGAGCAGGAGCUGCCGCAGCCGCAGGCUGAGACAGCCCCUGGUACUGCCCCUCCUGUUGAAGCACCAGCUGUUCUUCAUGCUGCUCAUUCCCCAGCUCUGACUCCGUCUCCAUCCCCUGCAGCUGCUCCAGGUCCUGCUGGCCUGGCUCCCUCAGCUGGGCAGCCCAGCCCUGCCACAGCCAUGCCUACUGCUGCCUGCCCUCCAGACCCUGCACCAGCCUCUCCUGCCCCGCCUUCCCCACUUGUGGUCCCAGCUGCAGUGAUGCCUGUGUUUUCUGUUCCCCCGCAGCUCCCUACCCCAGCUCCACAGGUCCCAGUUACUACUUCUCCUUCCCCUCCUCCAGCCUUGGUUCCGCAGUCCCUGACCAGUUUUGCAGCCCCAGGAUCUCCAGGGCCUUCUGAUGGCCCAGUUACCUCUGCAGCCCCAGGACUCCCAGCCCCAGUGUCUCUUGCUGUGGCUGCUGAUCCAGCCCUGGUGACACCAGCUCCCCUUACCACCACUCCUGUGACUGCUGUUUCCCCCGUAAGCCCUGGUUCUCCCCCAGCAGCUCUCACUUCUGUGAAAGCUGCUCCAUUUGCUGCCCCUCUGAGCCCUGCUGGAGCUGCUGCCCAGGCCCCUCUGCCUGCUCCUUCCUCAGUGUCUCCCAGCAGCCCAGGAGCUGCCCCACCUACUGUCCCAGUAACCCCUUCCUGUCCCCUUGUGGCACCAUCUGCAAAGACAUCUCCCCUGGGAGCAAGUCCCCUUUUCCUGCCAGCUUCAGCUGCUCUUCCUGAGGCUGUGACUUGUCCUCACACCCCAGGCUCUCCCCCUGUUGCUACCCCUCUCUGUCUUUUCACAGCACCAGCUGCAGUCUCUCCGGUUUGUGCCCCUGCAGCGCCAGCCUCUCCUGGGAGCCCUGCCUCUCUCCCUCUGGCUUCUGCUUUGGCCAUGGCCUCUCCCCAGACCCCAACCCCUGACUCUCCCCUGCCCCCUCUCAUUCCGCCUGAGUGCCCAGCUCUGGCAGGUGCCGUCUCUCCACCUGCUUUCCUGAUUUCCCCCAAGGCAGCAGUCCCUUCAUCACCCCCAGCCCCUUUGAUACCAACUGGGAUGUCACCUGGGAGCCCUGCUGCUGCCCCACAAGGCCCAGCCCCUGGCACUCCAGUUGUUCCUUCUGCGGCCCAGAUCUGUCCUGCAGGCCCUGCCUCUCCCCUGGCAGCCUCUGCUGCUGCUGGUUCUCUUCCUGCAGCACCAGCUUUGGCAGGUCCUGCUUCCUCCCCAGCUCCCAUCACCGCUGUGGCAGCCAAAGCCACCCCUGCAGACCCUGCCUGUCCCAUGGCUGCCCCAGCUGCUGCCCCUGUUGCUGAUGCAACACCAGUCACAGGAGCCCCAGUCCCUCCCUCUGUGCCAACGACACCUCCUGGGAGCCCAAACUCUCAGGCAGUGCCUGCUGUGGCCACUGUGGCAGCUCCAGUCGCUCCUGCACUGUCCAAAACCUCUCUGGGAGCUGCUGCAUCUGCCGCAGGGACACCGGCUCCGAUGAGUCCAGUUUCCCUGCAGACAGCUCCUUUGGCUGCUGCUCCAUCUGCUCCUUCAGCCCCUGUCAUCUCUUUACCCAUCACAUCAGCGAUGGCAGCUCCAUCCACCCCUCCAGCAGCCAUAUCUCCUCCCCUGAGCCCUGCCACUUCCCUUUCUGCUCCUGCCACUUUCCAUUCUGCUCCUGCCACACCAGGACUGGCAGCUCCUGCUCCACCAGCUCCAUCCACCCCUCCGGCAGCCAAAUCACCUCCUGUGAGCCCUGUGGCUGCCCCAUCUGCUCCUCCCACCCCAGCCACACCAGGGCUUGCAGCUCCUGCUGCUCCACCAGCUCCAUCCACCCCUCCAGCAGCCAAAUCACCUCCCGUGAGCCCUGUGGCUGCCCCAUCUGCUCCUCCCACCCCAGCCACACCAGGGCUUGCAGCUCCUGCUGCUCCACCAGCUCCAUCCACCCCUCCAGCAGCCAAAUCACCUCCCGUGAGCCCUGUGGCUGCCCCAUCUGCUCCUCCCACCCCAGCCGCACCAGGGCUUGCAGCUCCUGCUGCUCCACCAGCUCCAUCCACCCCUCCAGCAGCCAAAUCACCUCCCGUGAGCCCUGUGGCUGCCCCAUCUGCUCCUCCCACCCCAGCCACACCAGGGCUUGCAGCUCCUGCUGCUCCACCAGCUCCAUCCACCCCUCCAGCAGCCAAAUCACCUCCCGUGAGCCCUGUGGCUGCCCCAUCUGCUCCUCCCACCCCAGCCAUACCAGGACUGGCAGAUCCUGCUGCUCCAUCCACCCCUCCAGCAGCCAAAUCGCCUCCCGUGGGCCCUGUGGCUGCCCCAUCUGCUCCUCGCACCCCAGCCACACCAGGGCUUGCAGCUCCUGCUGCUCCACCAGCUCCAUCCACCCCUCCAGCAGCCAAAUCGCCUCCCGUGAGCCCUGUGGCUGCCCCAUCUGCACCUCCCACCCCAGCCUCACCAGGGCUUGCAGCUCCUGCUGCUCCACCAGCUCCAUCCACCCCUCCAGCAGCCAAAUCACCUCCCGUGAGCCCUGUGGCUGCCCCAUCUGCUCCUCCCACCCCAGCCGCACCAGGGCUUGCAGCUCCUGCUGCUCCACCAGCUCCAUCCACCCCUCCAGCAGCCAAAUCACCUCCUGUGAGCCCUGUGGCUGCCCCAUCUGCUCCUCCCACCCCAGCCGCACCAGGGCUUGCAGCUCCUGCUGCUCCACCAGCUCCAUCCACCCCUCCAGCAGCCAAAUCACCUCCUGUGAGCCCUGUGGCUGCCCCAUCUGCUCCUCCCACCCCAGCCUCACCAGGGCUUGCAGCUCCUGCUGCUCCACCAGCUCCAUCUACCCCUCCAGCAGCCAAAUCACCUCCCGUGAGCCCUGUGGCUGCCCCAUCUGCUCCUCCCACCCCAGCCACACCAGGGCUUGCAGCUCCUGCUGCUCCACCAGCUCCAUCCACCCCUCCAGCAGCCAAAUUGCCUCCCGUGAGUCCUGUGGCUGCCCCAUCUGCUCCUCCCACCCCAGCCGCACCAGGGCUCACAGCUCCUGGUGGCCCUUCACCAGCCAGAUCAUCCCCCAUGAGCCCUGUGGCUGCCCCAUCAGCCCCUGCCCCAGCUCCAGCCCCUCCUGCUGCUAGCAUGAGCCCUGUGCAUGACAUACUAGCUGCAGCUCCAGGAGCUGCUGCCGCAUCUGUGCCCGUCUCUCCUGCUUGCCCAGUCCUGGGGGUUCCUGAUGCCCUCCCUAAGCCAUCUGCUGGGGUCACUGCCCCUGCAGCCUCCCCUGCUGUCAGUCCUGCCCCCCAGAAACCAGCUGCCAAGCUUCCUGCCUCUGCCACAGGGGGUAACCUCACCCCGCCUGCUUCCUCUGCACCUGCCGUUUCCCCCACUAAAAAGCAACCUCCUUCAGCUAAGCUCCCUAAGCUGGCUCCACGUGCCCCCCCAUCCAAACCUCCAUCAAAAGCCCCAGCCCCAAUCUGUGCUGCUGUCGACGACGAUGACCUGCCACCUCUGAUCCCCCCAGAGGUGCCUGCUGUCGAACCGCCUUUGCAGCCCAUCCUGGUGGACCUCUCACCCAGAGCAGCUGUGGCCCCUGCUGAGGCCCCAGCUCCUCCAGCUAAGCAGUCUGUGAUGAAGAAUGACAAGGGGUCCGGAACAGAAUCUGACAGUGAUGAAUCUGUACCAGAACUUGAAGAACAAGACUCUACACAGGCCACGACACAGCAGGCACAGCUUGCAGCAGCAGCUGAAAUAGAUGAAGAACCUGUUAGCAAAGCUAAACAGAGUCGGAGUGAAAAGAAAGCACGAAAGGCAAUGUCUAAGCUGGGCCUUCGCCAAGUCACAGGAGUAACCAGAGUCACCAUUCGGAAAUCUAAGAACAUCCUCUUUGUCAUCACAAAGCCAGACGUAUACAAGAGCCCAGCAUCAGACACCUACAUCGUCUUUGGCGAAGCGAAGAUCGAGGAUCUGUCCCAGCAGGCCCAGCUGGCAGCUGCUGAGAAGUUCAAAGUGCAAGGAGAAGCUGUCUCAAACAUCCAAGAAAACACACAGACCCCCACCGUGCAGGAGGAGAGUGAGGAGGAAGAGGUUGACGAAACCGGUGUGGAAGUGAAAGAUAUCGAGCUGGUCAUGUCCCAGGCGAACGUGUCCCGAGCAAAGGCAGUCCGUGCCCUGAAGAACAACAGUAACGAUAUUGUAAAUGCUAUAAUGGAAUUGACGAUGUAGCUGUCAGGAGGGAGGAGCCUUUUUGGGUGUUUCAGAGAAGAGUAAAAUGCAACUAAAUUUAAAAUUUGUACUAUUUCUAUCGGUUAAUAAAAGUUGUGGCUUAUUGUUGGUGAAA